AUGGCACCAUGCACGACCGAAUCAUUGGCUCCUUCAGAGCACUCACCUCUUCUUUCUGGUGAUCCUGAACCAACUGGCCAUCCACAGUCAACAUUUCCCCACGAUCGGUCCGAGCCUCACAUAGCACAUGAAGUCCCCAAUACGUUUGCACGUCGAUUAUACAUCUCGCACUUCCUAUCAACAUGGAACUCUCGUGUCUUCGAGUUUGGAGCCGUCCUCUACCUGGCUUCAAUUUAUCCGGGAACCCUGUUACCUAUGUCAGUUUAUGCCCUCUCCCGAGGUAUCGCUGCGAUUUUGUUUGCACCAGCGGUGGGCAAUUACAUCGAUACUGGCAACCGACUGCAAGUAGUUCGAGUCUCGAUCGUGCUACAAAGAGUUGUGGUGGCAGCAUCUUGCGUGAUCUUCUACCUGCUUGCAAUGGGCUUGCCGAUGCUCAGCGCGAUGGAUAAUAUCUUGCUGGUGGCAUUGGCGCUCCUUGCCUGCAUUGAGAAGCUAUGCUCUAUUAUGAAUCUAAUAUCCGUUGAAAGAGAUUGGGUUGUUGUCGUCGCAGGAAAUGACUACGAAGGCCUCAAGACCAUGAAUGCUCAGAUGCGCCGGAUCGACCUCAUCUGUAAGCUUAUCGGGCCGCUCGUCAUAGCCUUGGUCGCGGGUAUCUCGACUAAGAUUGCCAUCACGUUCAAUCUGGGAAUGAACAUUUGUUCUGUAGUCUUUGAAUACUUUUCAAUCGCCAGAGUAUACUAUGAAGUACGCGACCUCCAACGGCCAAAGGCGAAAACAUAUCUCGACUCGCCAAACACAGACUCCAAGCAGGAAAACAGCAUGACGCGCCUCUGGCACUACUGGCAUUGUCUGACACAUAAGGCACUGGGAGACUUCGAAUCCUACUUCCGUCACCCGGUCUUCCUCCCCUCAUUUGCCGGCGCGUUGCUAUACCUGACUGUCCUCUCAUUUGCCGGCCAAAUGGUCACAUGGCUCUUAUCGACAGGCUACGACUCCACGCAGGUUGGAAUCGCGAGAACCCUAGCCGUAGUAUUGGAAGUCCUCGCAACAUGGAUCGCUCCUUGGCUCAUGGGGAGAAUUGGUCCGACUCGUGCGGGUCUCUGGCUCGCGAAUUGGCAGAUUACAUCCCUGGUAGCCGGAAUGACCGUCUUCUGGAUGUUCUCCGACCAACCUCUAAUUUCUGCAUCCGGACUGGUAGGAGGGACGAUCCUCAGCCGAGUCGGGCUGAGGGGGUUUGAUCUGUGCGUUCAGAUUCUCGUUCAGGAGUGCGUCGAAGCCGAAAAUCGAGGCAGCUUCUCCUCGGUAGAGGCUGCGUGGCAGAACGCGUUUGAGAUCGGUUCGUACAUCUCGACUAUCAUCUUUUCGCGACCGGAUCAGUUCGCAUGGCCAGCCCUUAUCAGUGUGGUUGCUGUGGGCCUUGCUGGCAUACUAUAUGCGGUCUUUGUUCGCAUGCAGCGAGGCCAUUUGAUACAUGUGCCAACGUGGAUUGCAGCGCCGGGAAUGCUGCAACAGGCGAGGGAGAGGUGCAUUGAGCGGAUUUAUUCGUCAUCGGAGGUCUAG